AGUAAGAUGAAUAUUGCUUGACUUGUUUAUGUCAUGCUCCGAUAUAGUUGUAUGAAGAAGUCGAUAUACAGGCAGUGCACGACACUAACUCUGAGUCAACAUGGCAAAAGCAUGAGACCGCGCGACAAAAAUAACAAGGGCGCGUCAAUGGUUGUACGGUUCAUCAAGUCUCCGAGGCGUAAUACCGGUAACAGCAUCGGACCAAACUGUAACAAUUUUUCUCGUGUCCAACCCGCGAAAUACGUCAGGUACGUUACUGAUAGUGAUUUUGCCAGAGACCCAAGGCGGACCUGCGCUGCGCAAGCGAAUUGCCGGAAAAAAGCAAGGCAACCAUUGACGCGGUUAGAUCUGAAGCUUAUCUCGUUGCCAAGUUGGGGCUUGUAG